UUUGUUUUUAAAUAAUUCGAGCCGAUUAUCAGUGGCAUUUAGCCGUGUUCGAGCCGCUUCGGCGAUAAUCGAUACUCGCGGCGCGAACAAUCAUAGCGUAAGCAUUAUACUGCAAAUAUUUUUUUAGGUUCAGUAUACGGUUUGAACUGCGAGAAAGAGCACAUCGACGUUAAAAAUGGUUGUGGGAAAAAAGUUUGUUUUGGUGAAAAAUUUCGUUGGCGAGCCGAAAGCCGAAGAUGUGUCUUUGCAAGACAUGGAACUUCCACCCGUCAAUGAUGGAGAAAUAUUGAUCGAGGCUGAGUACCUCUCGGUGGAUCCUUACAUGCGACCCUACAGCGCAAAUCUACCGCCUGGCACGACCAUGAUUGGCUCUCAGGUCGGCAAAAUCGUCGAAUCGAAAAAUGCAGCUUGGCCGGUCGGCAAAAGGGUCGUGGGCAAUUUCGGCUGGGUCAGUCACACAGUGGUCAAUCCCGAGGCACCGGCCACCGAGCAGCUGCUCAAGAUCAAGCCGUAUUUGCUGCCCGACUUCGGUGAUUUGCCGGCUUCGCUCGCACUGGGCAUGUUGGGAAUGCCAGGGAACACGGCUUACUUUGGAUUGUUGGAAAUUUGCAAGCCCCAAGCCGGCGAGAUCCUGGUCGUCAGCGGAGCUGCCGGAGCCGUGGGAUCGCACGUCGGUCAAAUCGGCAAAAUUCUCGGUCUCAAGGUGAUCGGCAUCGCUGGAACCGACGAGAAAUGCAAAUGGCUCGUUAACGAGCUUCGAUUCAACCACGCUAUCAAUUACAAAACCGAAAAUGUCGCAGAUGCUCUGAGAAAAGCAGCACCCAACGGAGUUGACUGUUACUUUGACAACGUCGGUGGAGAACUGUCCAGCAUAGUCAUUCACCAGAUGAAGGACAUGGGCAGGAUUUCCGUUUGCGGAAGCAUCGCUUCGUACAAUGAUAACUUGGUCCUGGGCCAAGGAGACGUUCCGAAAGCAACGAUCAUUCAACCAGCUAUGGUUUUCCACCAGCUGAAGAUGGAGGGUUUCAUCGUUUUACGCUGGUUGAACAGGUGGCAGGAGGGAAUCGAGAAAAAUUUGAAGUGGCUCAAAGAGGGUAAACUCAAAUACAAGGAGACUUACACCAACGGAUUUGAAAACAUGUUCAAUGCGUUCGUUGGUAUGCUCAAGGGCGAAAACACUGGAAAAGCUAUUGUUAAAGUUUAAAGUUUUGUAUUUUAUUACAAUUAUGAAUUUUUAUUAAAUAAAUUUAUUUUAAAAUUA